GGGAUUGGUGUUAGCUCCGGACCCCGCUUCUGUCCCCAGAACUCCAGGUCAGUUGCAAAGGAGUCCCUGAAGGAAGGCGCAGGGCAACACCUCGUCCCGACCCGGAGGCCGGACUUCAGGGCCGCUGGGUCCCGCCUGCCCUGGUGCAGUCCGGCCCAGUCGGUUGGCUUUGAGAGCAGAUAUUUUGGAAAACAUGUAUGAAAUGGCUGGAAAUCAAAUGAGGAUCGGAAGAAGAGCUUAGAUUCUUAACAUUCUUUUCAAAAGAACUUGCUGCCAAAAUGUCAGUACACACUAUUCUUAAUAGAAAUAAUAGUGAUUGCCUGAAAGUUCCUUCUUUGAAAAAGACUUCAUCCCCAAGUGUCCUCACCCAAAGUAGCCAAUUUAAGUUGCCUUUGAGGUCAGAGAUGUCAGAAUAUGAAAAGGAUGAUCCAUUACUGAGAUCUGCACGUAAAAUCAGAGACUUAAAUAGCACUUAUGUUAUUUCUGCCUGUAAAACAACAGGAGAUAUGCCCCUUACCACUAACCCCACAGGUAGAUUGACACUUCAGAGAAGAGCUUCAAGAAACAAAGAAUCCUUUUUACUUAGUAGUGAGUCUAGAGACACAACUGAAAAAACAUCUGCAACAAGUCUUGCCCUUCAGCAUCAUGCUAAAAUGGUUUCUGUGGAAAAGUGGAAAACAACUAAAGCAGAUUCUGUUGAGAAGUGGAAAACAAGGCAGAAUGUGGGAAGUGAAACAGAAAGUAAUUGUGCUUCACAGAGAACUAGGACAAAUGUAAAGAUUGUAAAUAACAAUAAAAAUUCUUUUGUUGCAUCUUCUACACAGAUAGCUGAGGACCCAAAAGACAUUGCAUUAAUGAUUGAUCAGAAAUAUAAAGAAACAUUUUCUAGCCUCAUGGGGGGAAAUGAACAUGUUGAUCUUAAGCGCUCAAGCAGUAGCACCCCCAUGGGUUUCCAGGAUCGGAGUGAGGCUGUUGGACCAGGACCUUUGGCAGUGAAACCUGUUCAGAGUAACUUGAAUAUCAAAGUAUCGGGAACAGGAGAUUUACAUUCUAGUAUUGGGAAGGACAUUGCAAAAAGUUCAAAUAAAUUUGGAAACUUAGACAAAAGAACCCCCGUGAAAUGCACGACAGAAUACGUAGCGACACCAAAGCCUGACCUGCUUCAGCCUAAGAGCCCAGGCACAUCAAUACUGAAAAAUAGGACACCUAGCCUUCAAGUUAAACAAAGAACAAAAAGUUCUCUUCUUGCAAGUAAAAGGGAAAUUUCUCGAAAAAAUACACUCCUUACUGAAGAAGAGACUGCAGUUCAGAACACCUCUACAGAAACAGACCCCUUAAAAGUAGAGAAUAGUCAAGUGACUGUGGCAGUACGUGUACGGCCUUUCAGCAAAAGGGAGAAGAUUGAAAAGGCAUCUCAGGUGGUCUUCAUGAAUGGGGAAGAAAUAACUGUGGAACAUCCUGACAUGAGACAAAUUUAUACUUUUGUUUAUGAUGUUUCAUUCUGGUCUUUUGAUGAAUGUCAUGCCCACUAUGCUAGCCAGACAGCUGUCUAUGAGACACUGGCGGCACCACUUCUAGAAAGAGCCUUUGAAGGCUACAACACCUGUCUCUUCGCUUAUGGUCAGACUGGCUCUGGAAAGUCAUACACGAUGAUGGGAUUUAGUGAAGAACCGGGAAUAAUUCCACGAUUUUGUGAAGAUCUUUUUGCUCAAGUAGCCAAAAAACAAACCAAAGAGGUCAGCUAUCAUUUUGAAAUGAGCUUCUUUGAAGUAUAUAAUGAAAAAAUUCAUGACCUUCUGGUUUGUAAAGGUGAAAAUGGGCAGAAAAAGCAACCACUGAGAGUAAGGGAGCAUCCUGUUUCCGGACCAUUUGUGGAAGCUCUGUCAGUGAACGUUAUUAAUUCUUAUUCUGAUAUUCAGAGUUGGCUGGAAUUGGGAAAUAAACAAAGAGCAACUGCUGCUACUGGUAUGAAUGAUAAAAGUUCCCGUUCUCAUUCAGUUUUUACCCUGGUGAUGACCCAGACCAAGACAGAAAUCGUGGAAGGGGAAGAACAUGAUCACAGAAUUACAAGCCGCAUAAAUCUGGUAGAUCUGGCAGGCAGUGAGCGCUGCUGUGCAGCCCACACUAGUGGAGAUCGACUAAAGGAAGGUGUGAGCAUUAACAAGUCCUUGCUAACUUUGGGAAAGGUUAUAUCUGCACUUUCUGAACAAGCAAACCGAAAGAGGGUUUUUAUUCCUUAUCGUGAAUCUAUUCUUACGUGGUUAUUAAAAGAAAGUCUGGGUGGAAAUUCAAAAACUGCAAUGAUUGCUACAAUCAGUCCUGCUGCCAGCAACAUAGAAGAAACAUUAAGCACACUUAGAUAUGCUAACCAAGCUCGUUUGAUAGUCAACAUUGCUAGAGUGAAUGAAGAUAUGAAUGCUAAGUUAAUUAGAGAAUUGAAAGCAGAAAUUGAAAAGCUAAAAGCUGCUCAGAGGAACAAUCCAAAUAUUGACCCUGAACGAUACAGGCUUUGUCGGCAAGAAAUCACAUCCUUACGCAUGAAACUCCAUCAGCAGGAGAGAGACAUGGCAGAAAUGCAAAGAGUAUGGAAGGAAAAGUUUGAACAGGCUGAAAAAAGAAAACUUCAAGAAACAAAGGAGUUACAGAAAGCAGGAAUUACAUUUCAAAUGGACAACCAUUUGCCAAACCUUGUUAAUCUCAAUGAGGAUCCACAACUUUCUGAGAUGCUACUAUAUAUGAUAAAGGAAGGAACAACAACAGUUGGAAAGUAUAAACCAAACUCAAGCCAUGACAUCCAGUUAUCUGGGGUGCUGAUUGCUGAUGAUCAUUGUACUGUCAGAAAUUUUGGAGGGACAGUGAGUAUCAUCCCAGUUGGUGAAGCAAAGACAUAUGUGAAUGGAAAACAUAUUUUGGAACCCACAGUGUUACAUCAUGGUGAUCGAGUGAUUCUUGGAGGAGAUCAUUAUUUUAGAUUUAAUCACCCAGUUGAAGUCCAGAAAGGGAAAAGGCCAGCUAGUAGAGAUACUCUUAUAAACGAGGGUCCUAAAGACUUUGAAUUUGCCAAAAAUGAGUUACUCAUGGCACAGAGAUCACAACUUGAGGCAGAAAUAAAAGAAGCACAGUUGAAGGCAAAGGAAGAAAUGAUGCAAGGAAUCCAAAUUGCAAAAGAGAUGGCUCAACAAGAACUUGCUUCUCAAAAAGCUGCAUAUGAAAGCAAAAUACGAGCACUAGAAGUAGAACUGAGAGAAGAGUCUCAAAGAAAGAAAAUGCAGGAAAUAAAUAACCAAAAGGCCAGUGACAAAAUUGAGGAAUUAGAAAAGACCAAGCUGCAUCUUGAACAGGCAGUAUAUGUCAAUAAAAAACGACUAGAGAUGGAAACAUUGGCUACAAAGCAGGCUUUAGAAGACCACAGUGUCCGUCAUGCAAAAAUUCUGGAAGCUUUAGAAGCUGAAAAGCAAAAAAUUGCUAGGGAAGUACAAAUUCUACAGCAGAAUCGGAGUAACAGGGAUAAAACUUUUACAAUUCAGCCAAAUUGGAGCUCCAUGAAAGUCUCAAUGAUGAUUCAGGAAGCAAAUACAAUCAGCAACAAGUUAAAAAAACACUAUGUGUUUGGCAGACAUGAUGAAUCAGAUAAAGGUAGUCCUGAGACUUCUAUUCGAGUUCGUAACCUGCAGCUUGGGGUAUCAACUUUCUGGACUCUUGAAAAGUUUGAAUCUAAACUUGCAGCAAUGAAAGAACUUUAUGAGAGUAAUGGUACUAACAAGGGUGAAGAUAUUUUUUGUGAUCCUGAAGAUGAAUGGGAGCCUGACAUUACAAAUGCAUCCAUUUCUUCAUUUUCUAGAAGGAGGAGCAGGAGUUUGAUGAAGAAUAGAAGAAUUUCUGAUUGUUUACAUGACAUACAAGUCCACCCAAUUCAUAAUCUGUCUUCUUCACAUUCAUCAGGUUUAAUGGAGAAAUCAGGCACCAUUUACUCAACCUCAGCAGAUUCAUUUCUUCCUGGAAUAUGCAAAGAAUUGAUUGGUUCAUCAGUAGAUUUUCUGAGACACAGUUUUGAUGAAGAAAAAACUAUAGCAGAUAGCCUGAUGAAUAAUCUUCUAAACAUUUAUAAUGGGCUACUUGUCAUCUCCAAAGCUCAUGAAGAACAAGAUGAAGAAAGUCAAGAUAACUUGUUCUCUUCCGAUCGAGCACUCCAGUCAUUUACUAUCCAGAUUGCUUGUGCUUUUGAGCAGCUUGUGGUUUUAAUCAAACACUGGCUGAGUGAUUUUCUACCUUGUACCAGCAUAGCAAAACUGGAAGAUGAAUUGAGACAAGAAGUUAAAAAACUGGGAAGCUACUUACAGUUAUUUUUACAGGGAUGCUGUUCAGAUAUUUCAUCAAUGGUAAAAGAGGCUCAAAAGAAAGUGAUCGAAAUUAUACAACAAGCUGUCAAAUAUGUGGGAAAAUUAGCAGUUCUAAAAGGGAACAAGCUGUAUUUUUUGGAAAGCAGUAACAACAAGGCUGCCAGUGUCCAGGAGGAAUUCAUGGAUGCUUUUUGUGAUGGUGUAGACUCAGGAAUGAAGAUUCUGUUAGAUUCUGGACUGGAAAAAGCAAAAGAACUUCAGCAAGACCUCUUAAGGCAGUGUGCACAAAAUGAGGUUACCAAACAGAUGAAAGAAAAUACCAUGGGAUUAAUCAGAUCUCUUGAAAAUAUCUUUUCUGAAUGGAAAACAAAUAAUUUCUAUGCUAAGUCACUCCUCUUAUGUUUUGAAUCUGAAGAAAGACCUGAUUUAUUGAAACCCUGGGAAUGUAACAAUCAAAAUGCCAGAGGACAAGAAAAAGAAGAAGGAUCUAACUCAAGUUGGCCUAACUUCGGUAGAAAUAAAGGUGUGCUGAAGCGUGUCUGUGAACUGCGUAAGGCGUCCUCAGCAGUGGGCUCCGAGGUAUGCACACCCAGUAGGAUUCAGUGGGUGUGACUGGCAGGACUAUCCACUUGGUGACCAUCCAUGAAAGAAAGAACAGUUAGUAGGUAGUUUUCUUCAUGCAGGAGAACAUAGAAAGAAAUCAGUGUGAUUAUUUCAUUGAAGUCCAUGUGUUUUGGUGGCCGGCUUUACAUUGGCUAUGAACAGCACCAGCAUUGCCGAAUCCUGGUUUCAGAAUUUCUGAAUGUGCACUCAGAAAUUCCUCAGCAGACAGUUUUAAACAGGGAAUUUACCAUAUAAAGAUAUUGAGGCAACAGAAUGAAAUCUAGGAUUCAGGACCAAGUGAAUGGUCAUGUCUCCAGUGUCUCAUUGUCUUGAAUUUUAAAUGUUUGUCUUUAACACUGACAUGCUCUCUCUAGCUGGUUAGUCAGUCUGUUUGCAGAUUAGUCUUUUUCUUAUGAACAGAAACCUGAGUAGUCAGUUACCUUUGUUCCUGUGCCUUCUCUGCAAAUAGGUUGGUUAGGGGUUAAAAUAAAAUUGCCAAUGCAAGUUCAAAUAAUACAGCUUUCUUGGCAUUGUUAAUUCUAAAACUUUUUCUGAAGGCUUAAGUGCUUUCAUUUUCAGUCAUAUAUUGAAGGCACAAUUUUCUGUUUUUUCCAAAUUAUAUGUAACUAUCUAAAUGUAGUAUAAUCAUGUAUUAGUACUAUGGCUGGCUGGCAUAAUAGUUGACUA